AUGAGACCUGUUGACUGCUGGAUGAGAAAACUGCCACAAGUGGAUGAUGAGAAACAAGUUCAGGAAUUUGAGAAAAUAUUAGUGACUGAUUUUGGUAUCACAUUAGAAAAAUAUGUAAAGGAAUGUGAAGAAAAUAAUUGUUACCCAACUAACUUAUCAUUAACUAAUAUGGGUAUACAAGAAAUUUUGAAACAAGAACGACAUCUAUCAUUGUUAAAGGAAAAAUUAAGUAGAAUGAAGCAAGAAGAAAGUGGUGCUGCUUUGUCAUUACAACUCGCUUCUUAUAAUGCAAUAACACAAAAUGCAUAUAAUAAUCUCAAUGCACCUAUGUUAACAACCGAUGAACCGUUGAAUGAUAAUGAAAAUACUAUAGAUAUAACGUAUUAUCAAAAAAGAGAGCUACAAAAUGCUGAAGAAAGAAAUAUAUUAGAUGAUACAGUAAAUGCUGCUGAAAAUUUAUUGUAUGAUAUUGUUCGAAGAGUUCAACAUGCAGGUGAAACAGGUUCUAUGAUUGAAUACCAAGUCUUAAUAAAAGCAUCCCGUACAGAAGUUCGACUUCGAAAGGUUACUCCAACAGUAUUAACACAAAAUGCAAUAAAUCUGUCACAUCCUCGUUACAGACAAACUGACGCUAAUGAUACUUGGACAUCUAUGGUAACAAAUGUAUUAUCAUCAACAACGGAAAACACAAUUAAUAAUGUCGGUGACACAUCAGAUUACCACAUUGUAGGUUCCGUUAAAUCUUUUUCUUUACUUUUUAUUUUAAGUGAAGCUGUUCAUUCACCACUGCAUAGUAAAUCAAGUACCAUACCAUCAACUGAAACAAGUUCAACAGUAACGUCACAAUAUCAUCCAACAACAACAAUAAAUAUUGUUGAGAAACACUCAAUAUCUGAGAAUAUGAAAAUAUUAUGUAAAAAAAUUUUAGUAACGUCAUCACCCGUACUGUCUGCAACCAAAUUAAAUCGAUCAAUUACAAAUAGUAGUAUGAUUGAUGUACAUAAAGGGUGUAAAUUACUGAUUCGAUAG